AUGGCGGUGGACGCGGUUCGCGACGCGGCGGCGAUGCCAUCGCCGGCGGUGAGCGAGGAGGAGGAGGGGCAGCUGCGGUGCGACGAGGGGUGGGGCAAGCGGAGGCGCCCGAGGCGGCAGCGGCAGCGCGCGCCCAGCGAGGAGGAGCACCUCGCGCUCAGCCUCCUCAUGCUGGCGCGCGGUCACCGCGACCGGCACCUGCUUGGCUCGUCCGAGCCGGCGCAGGAGCACCGCUGCUCCGUGUGCGGCAAGGCCUUCUCGUCCUACCAGGCCCUGGGCGGGCACACGGCGAGCCACCGUCCGAAGCCGGCGCCCGCCGGCGCGGACGAGCCCGCUGCCACGACGGCAGCCUCGCCCGCCGCGUCCUCGUCAACGACGUCCAGCGGCGCGGGUGCGGGCGCGGGCGGAGGUGGCAAGGUGCACGAGUGCUCCGUGUGCAAGAAGACCUUCCCGACUGGGCAGGCGCUGGGCGGGCACAAGCGGUGCCACUACGAGGGCCCCAUCGGCGCCUCCGCGGUCGCGAGCCGAGGGUUCGACCUGAACCUGCCGGCGAUGCCGGACAUCGUCACCGAGCGCGAGCGGUGCAUGCCGGCGCCGGCCGACGAGGAGGAGGUGCUCAGCCCGCUGGCGUUCAAGAAGCCGAGGCUAAUGAUCCCGUACUGUAUCUCAGUAGAUCGGUUCUUUCAUUGA